AUGACCGACUUUCCUUUGAGAUCAAUCCUUCAUAGCCCUGAUGCCUCUCAACGACUCAUGAAGUGGGCUAUAGAGCUAAGCCAAUAUGACCUCAUCUACCGGCCAAAAGCUGCAAUAAAAGCCCAGGCUUUAGCUGACUUCGUAGCGGAGUUCACCCCAUCGGCCGAAGAAGAGAAAAUGGUCAACGAAAAGAAGGAAAGUUCAAAAGCAGACAGGACCCCCGCUGAACCUAGCCAACCUAGAGACACGUGGCAGUUGCGGGUAGACGGAGCGUCAAACCAGAAAGGAGCUGGAGCGGGUGUCGUCAUCAUCACCCCAGACGGAACCUUGUUGGAGCAAGCUAUCACGCUUGGAUUCCCGGCCUCGAACAACGAGGCAGAAUACGAGGCAUUGCUCGCCGGCCUGCGCUUGGCAAAGGAACUCGCAAUCAAGAAGCUAGCCAUUUACUCAGAUUCCCAGCUGAUCACGAAUCAAGCGUCAGGUGAAUACAUGGCGAAGCACCCAAGGAUGAUCUUGUACCUUGACAAAGUCCAGGAGUUGUUGAAGGCGUUUCCUACCUUCACCAUCCAACAAGUACCCCGGGCAGAGAACGCACAUGCAGAUGCGCUAGCCAGUCUAGGGUCAGCGUUGGAUACCCAGUUCAGACGCUCCAUCCCAGUCGAACACCUUGACCGGCCAAGCAUUGAAGAGGUAGAGCCAAUCAACACCAUGCGAAUUGACGAAGACCCCAGCUGGCAAGACCCCAUCGUUGACUACUUAGUGAAUGGAAACCUACCCGCGGACAAGUCCGAGGCUAGGAAGGUCCAGCAGAAGGCCGCGAGAUACUACAUGCACGACAACAAGCUCAUCCGCAGAUCAUACUCCGGCCCUCACCUUACCUGCAUAAAAUACCCUCAAACACUUGAGGUCCUCUGCAAAAUUCACGACGGCGAGUGUGGCAACCACUCUGGGGGCAGGUCACUCGCCCAGAAGGCUCUAAACAUAGGCUACUUCUGGCCUACCAUGCGCCACGACUCCGCUGAAUAUGUCAAAAAGUGUGAUCGUUGCCAACGGUACAAGCCGAUUCCUAAUUUGCCUGCCGAAGUUUAUCAUCCGCAAAACAGUCCAUGGCCAUUCAUGCAAUGGGCCAUCGACUUAGUGGGUCCCUUGCCACCGGCGCCCGCCAAGAAAGAAAUGAUGAUCGUCGCCACCGACUACUUCACUAAAUGGAUCGAGGCUGAAGCUCUAUCCUCUACUAAAGAAGCCGAUGUGGAGCGAUUCAUCUGGAGAGAAACAUCAUAUGCCGAUUUGGCUGCCCACAAUCGCUGGUCACUGAUAAUGGCUCACAGUUCAUUGGCAAGCAUAUCACCGCCUUCUUUGCGAAAUACAAGAUCAAACAACACCUGUCAACUCCGAGGUAUCCACAAGGAAAUGGGCAGGCCGAGGCAUCCAACAAAGUCAUAUUGGACUGCUUGA